AUGGAAAUUCCUUUCUACCAUGACGACGUGUUGAUCGCCUUGGCGGCCUCGUCGGCGGCGGCCCUUUCUCCCUCGGCGGCGCGCCCCGGCGGCGCCUUCCCCGACGGCUCCAGCAUGAUGAAGAAAGACGGGCUCUCCCUGGCGCUCGACCCGGGCGCGGCCGGGAAGAGCCACGGCGGGGGCGGCCCCCACUCGCAGCAGCAGCAGCCGCCGCCGCCCCCCAGCGGCGCCCCCGACGGCGCGGCGCUGCUCAGCUCGCCGGAUCUGGGCCUGCUCAAGCUGGCGUCUCCCGAGCUGGAGCGCCUGAUCAUCCAGUCCAACGGCUUGGUGACGACCACGCCGACCAGCGGCGGCGCCCAGUUCCACUUCCCCAAAGGCGGCGGCGGAGGAGCAGGAGGAGGAGGAGGAGGCGGCGCCCCCGACGAGCAGGAGUUCGCCGCCGGCUUCGUGAAGGCGCUGGAGGACCUGCACAACCAGAACCAGCUGGGCGGAGGCGGCGGCGGGGGCCCCGUCGGGGGCGAGCUGCCCUCGGCCGCCAGCCUGGCCCCGGCCUCGCAGCAGCACGGCCCGCAGGAGCCCCCCAUCUACGCCAACCUCAGCCCCUUCGCCGGCGCGGCCGGGGGCUACCCGACGGACGGGAGCCCCUUCCAGGCGCACUCGCGCCUGCCCCCUCCGCCGCCCGCGCCGCUGAAGGACGAGCCGCAGACGGUGCCCGAGGUGGCCAGCUUCGGCGACAGCCCCCCCUUGUCGCCCAUCGACAUGGACACGCAGGAGCGGAUCAAGGCGGAGCGCAAGCGGCUGCGCAACCGCAUCGCCGCCUCCAAGUGCCGGCGGCGGAAGCUGGAGCGCAUCUCGCGCCUGGAGGAGAAGGUGAAAAGCCUCAAGAGCCAGAACACGGAGCUGGCCUCGACGGCCAACCUGCUCCGCGAGCAGGUGGCGCAGCUCAAGCAGAAGGUGCUCAGCCACGUCAACAGCGGCUGCCAGCUCCUGCCCCAGACGGCCGCCCAGCAGCCGCACCAGGUGCCGGCCUACUGAGCGCCCCGCCAGCCGGGACAGGCGCAGGAGCCGGGAGGAGGACGCGCGGGGGGGGAGGAGGGAGGGAGGCGGCCUCUCCUCUCCGGACCCCGGCUCCUCUUCCGCGCGCCCCCCCACCACGUCGGACAAUGCAAAGGUGGAUGGCUGCGGACGCCGAAGGGGGGUCCCCCCCUCUCCAAGACUUCCUUUGGGGCCGCGCGCGCACAGAGGACUUGAGACGUUUUCUGAAAACUUGCUGGAGGAAAGGGGCGCAGGAUUUUGGGGAGGGGGCUGCUUUUGGAAGCUCCCACCCAGCGCAGCUGCCAUUACCCAGUCUCACCCCCCCUCCGGACUUUGCCCCUCUUUCCCCACCCCCUCCAAACGCAGCGUGCCCAGAUGUGACUCUGCCUUCCACUCUCGGCCCUCCAUUAUUUCCCCCUCCUCCUCCCCAGAGACCAUGUCUUUCCUCCCGCCAUAUUUAUGUUUAAUAUGCCCCUCUUUUCUUGCGGUUUUUUGGGGGGAGGUUUGCCAUUAUAUCCUAUCUCUUUAUCUAUCAUCACAUUCCAUUGUGCAGUAAAAAUCCUGUGCAGGAGUUUGG